AUGAAAUUCCUCUUACUCCGUGCAAACUGCAUACCAGGAUUCCAGAGGCAUUGCAGAGCCAACCCGAUCAAGCCAACGCGUAAUAGCUUUAGCAAUGCGCUCAAUAUUUUGCACACACGCCCUCCUCUAAAGAAGUUCUUGGAUUUCUGGCUCUCCCUCAGUGAUUUGGAAGCUGAGAAUGGAAAGUACGAUCCGUACAAAGGCGAUUUGAUAAUAUUCAACAACUAUUACGCCAAAUUGUCUGAAAUCGAGCAAAAGGCGUGCUCUCCUAUUAGGUCGAGAAGAAAGUGGUAUUUCUGGGAGCAGCAAACAAAAAGAAGAAAUCUUCUCAUCAAAACAAGCUUGCGUGAAGAGAAAGACGACCACAUCAAGGAACACGCAGAGGUGGCGACACAAGUCAAGCAUGAGUCAAGCGAUUUCUCGACAAUCUUAUCACAGCGUUUAGGCCGCAUAAG